UGCCUCCUGGGACAGCCUGGGCUCCGCCUCUGCCUAUUAAGUCCAGGCUGCGCCAGCUGUGGGCUACCACUUUCCCCAUCGCUUCCUGCCACUCAGCACCGGACCAUCUCGCUUCUGAUCUCUUGCCAUGGCAGCACCUCUUGACCAAGCUAUCGGCCUGCUGGUUGUCACCUUCCACAAAUACGCCGGCAAGGAUGGCGAUAAGAACACCCUGAGCAAGAAGGAAUUGAAGGAGCUGAUCCAGAAGGAGCUCACCAUUGGACCGAAACUGCAAGACUCAGAGAUACAGGCAUUAAUGAAAGAUCUGGACCGCAAUGGAGACCAAGUGGUCAACUUCCAGGAAUACGUCACUUUCCUGGGUGCCCUGGCAAUGAUUUACAACGAAGCUUUGAGUUCGUAAAUGUAACACCCCGGUGGGUUGAGGUUUUGUGGUUCGGGAUUAUACCUCUGUAGGCGGUUUCACGUCCAAUAAAAUUUAAGUUUUGUAAA